CUUCCUCCUUCUUUUAGUCCUGGAGGGGACUGAAGCCGGGGCCGGGGCAGUGGAGCCGGCGGCGAUGGCGACUACGGGCAAAAGAAAGGCGGACGCGGACGUGAGUCGCUCCAAGAAGACAGCUCUGGAUCACGAAGAGGCUAGAUGGGGAAGAAGGGGGAGCCUGCUGCCUCCGCCUUCGCGGGCGAUGCUGUCGGGAUUCGUGGAGGGCUCCAUAGUCCGUAUCACCAUGGAGAACUUCCUAACCUAUGAUACCUGUGAAGUAAUUCCAGGACCCAACCUGAAUAUGAUAGUUGGAGCUAAUGGAACAGGGAAAUCCAGCAUAGUUUGUGCCAUUUGUCUUGGAUUGGCAGGUAAACCCUCUUUCAUAGGCCGAGUAGAUAAGGUUUGCUCUUACGUGAAGCGAGGGUGUGCCAAAGGCUCAGUUGAAAUUGAAUUGUUCAGGGCAUCUGGAAAUGUCAUAAUUACUCGAGAGAUUGAUGUGCUUAAAAAUCAAUCAUCUUGGCUCAUUGAUAAAAGAUCUGCAACUCAGAAAGCAGUAGAAGAGCAGAUAGCAGCUUUGAAUAUCCAAGUAGGCAAUCCAUGUCAAUUUCUUCCACAGGACAAAGUUGGGGAAUUUGCAAAACUCAGCAAAGUUGAACUUCUUGAAGCUACUGAGAAGUCAAUUGGUCCUCCAGAAAUGCACAAGUUUCAUUGUGAACUCAAAAACUUCAGAGAGAAAGAAAAACUUCUCCAGAUUGCAUGCAAAGAGAAAAGUGACUAUUUGGAGAAAUUGAAACAGAGUAACGAAAGACACAAACAAGACGUGGAGAGAUAUUAUGAAUGCAAACGUCAUUUGGAUUUAAUUGAGAUGCUUGAAGCAAAAAGACCAUGGGUGGAAUAUGAAAAUGUUCGCCAGCAAUAUGAAGAAAUAAAACAAAAUCGUGACCAAUUAAAGGAAGAGCUCAAAAAACUCAAAGAGGCACAAGGCCCUCUAACACAAAAAAUUCAAGAGUAUGAAAAGCGGCGUCGACAAUUGGAUAACCAGGUCAAAGUGAAGAGUAAUGAAAUUAGAAAUACAUCUUAUAAAUGCAAAGAAAAACAGGAUGCAUUAGAAAAGAGAGAGAAACAAAUUGAAGAAGCAAAGCAAGCUUUCAGAAUGAAGCGAGAUGAUGAAGAUAAUCGAUUGCAGAAAAUAAGUAACACUCGUAAGAUGAUCGAUGAUUUGAGAAAUGAAAUUGAGUCCAUAGGAAGUUGUGAGAAUCUGCAGCCUCAAAUUGAUUCCCUUAACCGGGAUCUAAAACAAUUACAUGAGGAAAAGUCAGCAAUUGAUGUAGAGAUAAAUGAGAGGCUGAAAGAGGUGGAAAAUCUAAAAAAAGAUCAAGAAACUAUAACUACUCGUAUUAGAUGCCUUGAUAAUUUAUUGAAACAAAGAGAAGAGAAAUUGAGAACAAGAUACCGUGAUACACAUGAUGCCGUUAUGUGGCUAAGAAAAAAUAAAAACAGAUUUAAGAAAACAGUUUUUGAACCUAUAGUGCUCAUGAUUCAUGUAAAAGACUAUAAAAAUGCCAAAUAUAUUGAAAAUCAUAUUCCAUCAAAUGAUUUGAGAUCUUUUGUAUUUGAAAGUCAAGAAGAUAUGGAAUAUUUUCUCAAAGAGAUGCGUGAUCAUCUUAAAUUAAGAGUGAAUGCUGUUUGUAUCCCCAGUAUUACAUAUGCAAACAGAGUACCCACAAGGGCCCUAAAUGAUCUAAAGAAAUAUGGACUUUUUUCUUAUCUAAGAGAGUUAUUUGAUGCACCUCAAUUUGUGAUGAGUUACCUUUGCUACCAGCAUCAUGUUCAUGAUGUCCCUGUAGGAACAGAAAAGACCAGAGCAAUAAUUGAGCAGGUUAUACAUGAAACCAAACUGAAACAACUUUACACGGCUCAUGAAAAGUAUGUAGUAAAAACUUCUGUUUAUUCAAAUGACACUAUUUCCAGCAACACACACCUAAAAACAGCCCAGUUUCUCACAUUUACUGUGAAUGUACAAGAAAGAAGACAAUUGGAAGAGCAAGAUAAGGAAAUAAAGGAAAGAUUUCAGACACUAGAUAUAGAAUUAACAACUUUUCAUGAAAAAAUCAAACAUCUUGAACACAGAGACAAUGAAUUCAGAAACAAAAAGAAGGACCUUCAAGACAGGAAAACCAAAAAGAAUCACCUGGAACAGAAAAUCGGUUCCAAAUUAGAUAGCUUAAAGUCAUUAGAAGAGACUACUUACAAUCUUGAAGCAGAGGAGAAGGAGACAAAUGCCAAAAUCAAAGAAAUUAAUGUCCAAAAAGCAAUGCUGGUGUCUGAAUUAUUGAGCUUAAUUAAGGAUUGCACAACGUUGAAUGUACAAAAGGUAGAUUUAGUUCUUGAGCUAGCCACUGAGGGCUAUGAGAAGAACAAAUUAGAAAGGGAAUAUAAAGCUACAACAUUAAACCUCCGGCAACUAGAGCAACAAUUCAAUGAUUUUGGUGAAACAAAACGUAGACUUCUAGAGAAGUGCAAAGAACUUAUGAAGAAAGCUAGGAAUGUAUGUAACCUUGGCCCAGACCAAAGCAUUCCUCAAGAGUACCAGACAGCUUUCCAAGAUCUCCCAAACACAGUGGAAGAAAUUGAUUCUUUACUAGCUGAAGAGAAGACUAGAGCUUCUUGCUUCACAGGCCUGAAUGCUUCAGUUGUUGAAGACUACAAAGAAAGGGCACAAGAAAUACAACAGUUAACUGAAGAACUAGAGCAAAAGACAAAUGAGCUGGAUAACUAUAGACAGACCAUUUCAAAGGUUAAAGAAAGGUGGCUCAAUCCUUUGAAACAUCUGGUAGAACAAAUCAAUGAAAAAUUUGGCAGCUUUUUUAGUUCCAUGCAAUGUGCUGGUGAAGUGGAUCUCCAUACAGAAAAUGAGGAAGACUAUGAUAAAUAUGGAAUUAGAAUUAGAGUCAAAUUUCGCAGUAGCACAACACUGCACGAACUAACUUCCAGUCAUCAGAGUGGAGGUGAAAGAAGUGUUUCUACAAUGUUAUACCUAAUGGCGCUCCAAGAACUUAACAGAUGUCCAUUCAGAGUGGUAGAUGAAAUCAAUCAGGGAAUGGACCCAGUCAAUGAAAGAAGAGUAUUUGAGAUGGUUGUAAAGACUGCCUGUAAAGAAACUACAUCUCAGUAUUUCUUAAUUACACCAAAGCUUCUUCAAAAUCUCACUUACUCUGAAAAGAUGACAGUAUUAUUUGUCUACAAUGGCCCUUACAUGCUAGAGCCAAAGAAAUACAAUUUAAAGGCUUUCCUUAGGAGACGACGACGUAUUGGAGUUAGCCGAAUGGAUCAGUAAUGAAAGAAAAAAGGGUCUUUGGAAUUUUGCCUUAAAACUAUGUUUAUAAUUACAGAGCUGUUGAGUGAAAAUGAAGAAGUUUGCUGAACCUACAAAGAGCAAGACUUAUUUUUGGAAGCCCACUUUCAAAUAUAAGUAAGGUGAUAAGGUUGAAACCAUGUAGUUAAUUUUUCUUCUUGCUCCUUUUGAAAACUUAUUGGUAGUUGGAGUUACCCUUUUUAGCCUUUGUCUAUCUUGGGACCUUAGCACCCCAGUGUUAAUUCAUUGAGGUUCUAUGUAAAACUUUUAGUGUGUAAUCAAAACUGUGUCAUAUAUGUGGAAAUACAAGUUACAGAGUUAGGUGGUUUGUACUCACAGCUAUUGACAGAACAACCAUAAGUUAAAUGUAGAGACCUAAAGAUGGUUCUGGAAGCUUAGGUCAUAAUUUUUCUUCUAAGGUCCUUAUAUUUUAAAAAAUGAUUUGAAAAUUUUUGGUCCAAAGUGUUCAUCAGUGCUAGUUUCUUUCUACUAUGAAAUAUACCUUUGUUCUUUUGGAAUUUUAAAAAAAAAAAAAACACCUUUUAUGGAAUUUGAAGUUUUUGUCCUAUUUGUAUUUCACCCUCUUCCAGUCUUCCCCCUCCAAUUAAGGAUAUAGGUUUAAGAAGUGGUAAUAGGACUUCUUUGAAGUGCCACAAAGUGGACUUUGGAAGCAGCACAAAUAAAACCAGAAAACUUCCAAAGAAAAAAAUCAGGUGUCAAGGUUAUUGAGGGA